AUGGUUCUCCUAACGGUACUUCUCAAACAAGUGGCGGUUUAUGCCGAACUGAAGGUCUCAGACUGCGCGCCAGCUGAUGAAUGGACAGAUUUAGCACAUCUUUUAAUGCCAAUAAUUAUUCCAACUUCCUUUCCUUCAUCAGAAACUUUAACAACAACAACAACUACAAUCUCUCAUCCAAAAGCUUCAGCUCUUUCUUCCAACAAUAAUCCUGUUUUCCCUGCAAUUUUGUCACUUGAACAGGGAGGGCAAAGGCAUAAAGUAUUGGUUCAUUCACAGCAGGAAUUGACAGAACAACUUAAUGCUGUAUCAACAAAUGGGGGUCGAAAAGUUAAAAAUGAAGAAGAAAGGGAUGUUGACGAUGAUAGUGAUGAAAAUAGAGGACAACGAAAGGAUAUGGGUUUUGGAGAAGAAAAUCGAAAGAAUAAUCAGAAACAAGAUUCUUCCCUCUAUGAAUUAAUGGAUGGAAGAACAAAUAAAUGGCCAAAUUCAGUCAAUCGUUUAUCUCAAAUUGAAAAUUUUGAAGAAAGUAAAGAAGAAGAGAAAGAAGAGAGGCAUUUAAGAAGACGACGUCCAGUACCAAAAACAGCUCGUUCACCCGAUCCGUUGGUUGAAUCACAAAAAUUAGUUUAUAUUAUAGGGUAUGAUGGACAUGGAAGUAGUGGGAGGACAAGUAGUAAUAAUUCGUUUAUGAAUAGAAAUGUUAAUAGAAAUAUUUUGUUAUUUAUGUUAAUAAUUACUAUUUUGUUAUGUUUCUUAUCUAUUUCUUUAUUUUAA